CGUCAUUCCCACGAAAGCGAUUUCGGCAGCAGAGGCCAUGGCCCACAUAAUUAACUAGCGGGAUCGCAAGCCCGACAGUCACAGUCUUGUAGAACCUACAGCUCAUUGAAUUUCGAAUCCCAUAUUGCCUCACUAUUCGCUGGGGGAUUGCCCCAGUGACUUUCUUUCUCACUGUGAUGUGGCUUUGCACUCCCGUUUUCAAAACGAGGCUUCGCUUUCAUUGAUAGAAUAGUUGCUGAGUCUCCUCAUGUGAGGCCAAGACUAUCUGAACGAGUCCUCUCCGCCGUUGGUCUUCGUCACUGUCCGCUACCCAAACGAUUGGGCGCGAUUUCUGAUGGGGAGCGUCGGAAAUGAUGCCUCUGAAGUCCAAGGCCCUUGUGACGAAGGGUAUCAGGUGGAACUCUGUACUUAGUGCUGCCCGCUUGUCUACUUCGCGAUGGCCUCUGCAAGGGGUGCAUUUGAAUAUUCAGAGUCUCUUCUUCCGUCGCUUUGCUAUGUUCUUCAUGGCUUGCCCCGUGCAGGUUAUUGGCGUGAUAAAUGCCAAUGACAUCAAUGCGCAGAAGCUGACUAUUGUUGUCCUAGGUCGCAUUGUCGACUGCGGAUAAUCAACUUUCGGUCAGAUUGAUAUAACCUACCUGAGGGCUAGCAUACCCCGUUUUGCGGACAUAUCCGAGUUUCCUACAGAUGCCUCGAAAUCAGUGGUCCAUUAGUCGUCGUUGUCGAGACUGUCGUUUGACAUGCUCAUUUUACAAGAACUGCCUGCCAUCUGGGGUUGAAUCAUUUUCCGGGUUUGGGAAGAAAUAGCCACUAAGUUUCUUACU